AUGUCGGCGACACCACCUCGGACUAUGUUUUGUUGGAGGAAGCACCGCGGGAACCCCAAGCCUGUCUGGGAAGAGAUUCCCGUUCCCGAGCCUGGGCCGACCGAGGUGCUCGUCAAAAUGUUGGCUUCUGGAGUGUGUCGUAGCGAUCAUUCAUUACUCACGAUCGAACAACAGACGGGGUGGUUUCAAGAAAAGUUUACCCUAGGCCAUGAAGGGUGUGGAAGAAUCGUCAAAUUCGGCCCCCAGAUCACGAACUCGGUAUUGAAAAUCGGUGAUGUCGUCGCACUGCAUGCAGUGCCAGGCUGUGGGGAAAGUGCCUGCUCAGAAUGCUCCCGGGAUCUAUCCCAGAUCUGUGAGAAAGGCCACCACUCUGGCAUCGGUCAAGACGGUUUCUACGCAUCCUACGCCGUUGUAGAUAUCUGCGGCAUUGUCCCCGUGCCUGAAGGUGUGACCCCCGCCGAGGCAGCCGUGGCAACAGACGCUGUCACGACUGCUUACCACGCUAUACACAGAAGAGGGGAGGUAAAGAAGUCGGAGACGGUAUUUCUUUUCGGUCUUGGAGGACUCGGGUUUAACGCACUUCAAAUUGUUCAUGCAAUUGGUGCCAGGGUGAUUAUCUCCGACAUUAAGGAGGAGAGCUUGAAUCAAGCCAGGAAGCUUGGGAUUCCUGACAAGGACAUUGUCCCAAUAGGGCAUUCUCCGCAAGAGUUUGUCAAGGAGCGCCAGAUUCUCAUCGACACGGUUCUGGACUUUGUGGGAACUCAUCAAACCUUUGAGGAUGCGCAGCACAUCGUCAGACGGGGUGGAAAGCUUCUUUGCAUCGGGAGCUUGAAUACAGAAAACACGAUUCAUAUGAAGAUAGGCACCCGAAAGAGGCUAAGCUACAUAUUUUCGUACGGAGGACAGGUACAGGACUUGAAGUUGGUCCUCGAUCUGAUUGCCAAAGGGGCGAUCCGGCCUCAAGUCACUACUGGUAAGCUAGAGGAUUUCCCCAAAGUUCUGCGAGGGCUUGAGGAGGGCACUGUAACUGGCCGUGUUGCGUUGCUUCACGACUGA